CCAAAGAGCACAUUACGUCGGGAAAUAGAAGCAAAUAUGAAAAGAAUGAAUAAGAACUUGAAAGAGCUGAAAAGGAUUGCCCAGGACAGGGUUGGAUGUAUUAUCUCAUAUAUCUUCAGUGAGCCAUCAUCCAGUAGAUACAAAUGUUUAUUAACACUUGUUUACACAAAAUACUUCAGAUCCGUUGGCCAGACACUAUCAGCAACAACCUUCUGUGAGAGAGAACAAACCAGAUCUCAACGGAAAAAGAAAUCAGGAAGAAACACUGGAAUUGGGUAGAAUACACAUUAAGGAAAGCACCCAAGUGCAUCACGAGACAAACUCUGACUUGAACUCCUCAAGAUCAAAGGAAAAGAGGAAGAUCAAAGGACACAUUACGUCGAAAAAUGGAAACAGAAAUGAGAAGAAUGAAGAACAAUUGAAUAAAAUUAGGAAGCAAGGCGGAGGACAGAGUGGGUUGGAGAAUUCUGGUUGGCGUCCUAUGCUCCAUCGAGAGUAUCAGGCGUAAGUAUGUAGGUAAAUAAUAUAAGAAAUGACCUCAUUAUGUGCCUAUUUAAAGUUAUCAUAAAUGUUGAAUUACCGUCAUGCCUUUUAGUUAUAUAAUCAUAUAAUUUACAGGUCUAAGCGGUGAAGAUACUCGUAACUAUUCAUAAGACGGGGGUUUUAAAUAUAUGAGUAUUUCACGUGACCUGCUAAUCAUAUGGUAAAAUAGAACAACAGAAUUAUUAGAUUCAUGGUGUGUGGUAUAAACAAAAAGAUAACAGAUAACUGAGUAAGGAAUACAUCAAUGAUAUUUACAAUCGUAAUCUGAUAUCAGAAUUAGUUAUUUCAGUUAAUCGUAUCUAUAUCCUACAAAUGAUGUCUUCGCUGAAAUUCAAAUGUUUCUGGUAACAGAAAUUCAUCCAUCAAAAUCAUAACAAACAUUGAUUUCAAUAUGAUAUUUCUUCUUUUAUUUGUGAGAGUUUUACUUUCUCGGUAUGCAACUGAAUUCACUCAAGUGCAUACAAUUAACCAAGCUAGAAAAGUAGAAAAGUGUUUUUUUCCACCGAAAACAAUCAACUAUUUAAAAUCAACCAUUAUCCAAGCCAUAUCCAAACAGAGAUUGAAGAAAACUCCAAAACAAAACACAUACUUUUAUAAAAACAUAAAUAAGUGUACAGUUAUUCAAAUGAAACUAUUUUCUUGUAACAUAAACAGUCUUUAUGUCAACUAUACAAUGUUCACUCUUAAUUUUAAUUCAUUACAACUCUUUAUUGAUAUAUACACAUAGUGCGGUAUGUUUCAAAGGAUACAUCUAUUAUACUAUUAAUUGUAUACAUUAUAUCAUAUGAUUACCUCAUGUGACUAUAUUGUAUUCAACCAUUUAUAUAUGAGUACUUGUCCUUGUAAAUGUAUAAUGAAACAUGGAAAACAAUUAGUUUUAGUUUAAUAUUUUGAAUAAAUUACACAGAGUAAAUCAAUUUUACUUUAUUAAUGAUGGUAAUUAGUAUUCUGAUAU